UAAAUAACAUGUCUUCCUUAUGCUUUCCUAUUUGCAGAAUUGUGGUGGUUUGCUGAGCUGGAGCUUGAAAACACACAGGCAGGGACUGCAGCAUGGGAACCCUCUGAUAUCUCUUAUUAACUUUAUACACUGAACUGCUGCUUAUCAUAUCCAUGGCAUUCAGGAGGCACAUGAAGAACUUGGUAAAAAAAUAUUCUGAUGCUGAGGUAAAAGUCAGGGAAGCAACUUCUAAUGACCCUUGGGGCUCCUCUAGUUCGCUAAUGUUAGAGAUCAGUGACCUGACGUACAAUGCAGUUUCUCUUUUGGAAAUUAUGAACAUGAUAUGGCACAGGAUGAAUGACCAUGGAAAGAACUGGAGGCAUGUGUAUAAAUCCCUCACACUCUUGGAUUAUCUCAUCAAGAAUGGAUCAAAGAAAGUCAUACAUCAUUGUCGAGAGGGCUUCUUUAACAUUCAAGCAUUAAAGGACUUUCAUUAUAUGGAUGAGGAUGGAAAGGAUCAAGGUUAUCAUGUGAGGGAGAAAUCUAAGCGACUCAUUACCUUGUUAACAGAUGAACAGUUGCUGCAUAAUGAACGUGAAAUAGCAUGGAGAACUAGGCGUCGCACCUCCUAUGCAAUGCUCGUUCCUAAGGAUGCUACCACCAAGGACUAUUCACCAACAAUGUCUGCCUCUGAGCCCAUACCAGAGCCUCCUGAUUCAGAAAAUGCUCAAGAAUGUUUUUCUAAGACAACAUCUGUGCCACAGCAAAACCAGCUUUUGCCGACACCAGGGAAAGCAAUAGAGGCCCAACGAACAAAGACACUCAAAAUCAUUGCUAAGAAGUCUUCAGAGGACUUGAUAGUGUUUAGCGAAGAUGAAAAGACACCUACCUCCACUUUGCUACCACCAUUUCCUGCAUUGAACUCUUCUGAUGAACGAUCACCAGUGGCUAAGUCUGCUGUCAGCGAUUCCUGGAAGCAAAGUGUUGCUUCCUAUUCCUCAGAGAUAAGUCUACCAUCUUCACAAAAAUGGAGCAGGAACAGGAGCAGGAGCAGGAGAGGUGACAACACUGCCACAGAUCCUGUUUCUACAAUCACUCUGAAGCCUCCCUCAAGGAAGCAGUCAGAUUCAAAUAAUCCCCAAACUGCAAAACACUUGUUUGAUCCUUGGUCAUCAAUCCCAGAAGUGCAAGCAAAACCCAUCCAAAAUACCUCAAAACUGGACUUUCUUUCUUCUAGUAGUGAGGACUCUGUGGAAACCAUUUACCUCUCUCCUACAUUCAACACCACGGAUCCUGUGGAGGACAGCGGAACCAACAUUGACAGUCUGAAAUCUACUCCAGCUUCCUCUAAACAAUUCCCUGGGCCUGUUACAUCCACUUUCAAUAAUUUCAACGCCUCCAUAUCUGGAAACAUGCAGACAGCUAGCAUGACUCUUCAUCCAUCUCUAAAGCUGGAUUUAACCAGCUCUACUGCAACAACAACUUAUUUUUCCACCGUCUCCGUCUCAUCCCCUAAGGCGGUCAUUCCAGAGAACACAGUUCAUCCUUAUCUUAUGCCUUCCUGUGGACCUUCAUACUUGUCUUCACCCCAGCAGCCCUCCUCAUCAGUUUUCCUCAAGGAUCACAAAGACAGGGUUACACAUCCUUUUCCUCCUUGCCUGAUAUCUGAUGAAGAGAGCGAGAAUACUAGCAUCCUGAAUCUGUUACCAGAUAAUUCAAGGGAUUCUGCUGGAAAAGUGAACAGUUUUGAGAGCAGAACUCUCCGCAUAUCUGGUGGGAGUUGGGGGAUAUUUCCCACGCAGAACAAAGCAGCCAUGUCUGACCAUUUUAUGCCUUCUGCUAAAGGCUCUUCUGAUGUGGACACUACGCAGAAAGUCAUGGUCACUCUGGAAGAGAUAAAACAUACAGUUUUUGGACUGCAAGGAGAUAUAGGUAACAUGGCCAAGGAGCUGCAAGCCAUUGGUAGUCAGUUGGCAAGUGUGGUCAGUGAUCUUCAGCAUAUGAGCCAAUUUUUGACAGCUCCCCAAAAUGCUAAGGAAUCCUUUAGUCAGCUGUAA